AUGAGGAGCAACGGUGUGAUAUUAAGAAUCUGCUACGACAGUAUUGAAGAUGUAUGCAGUGAUAAUCCCCGAGAAUGCAGUGUUAUUUCUCACGACAUUGAGUUAUUGCCAGGAACUCGUCCUAUACGACAAAACUACUAUCGAACCAACUUUGAAAAACGGAAGGUAAUGCAAGAAGAGGUCGAGUAUCUACUGAAGCAUAAACUUGCUGUGCCUAGCAAGUCUCCUUGGGCUUCUCCUUGCUUACUAGUGCCCAAGUCUAAUGGUAAGGUAGAUGCAUGUGACUACGGUGUUGGUGCUGUCCUCCUACAAGAGAAGCCUGAAACUAACUUGCUUCACCCUGUGUCUUACUAUUCAUGCAGGUUGAAGAAGCACCAAAGGUCGCUAUCUACUGUGGAGAAAGAACUCCUAGCUAUAGUACAAGCCUUGCAGAAAUAUGAAGUCUACGUUUCCACAAAUAACCCCAUUACUGUGUACACCGACCACAACCCCUCGUCUCUUGAAACAGAGUUCGAAAUGUGA